GGUGUUCGGCAGUCACUUGCACAAACUUUUGAAGAUAAAACAAUGCCAACAUCAGCUCGCGCUGAUGUCUCCAAAGUCGCGAAAAAACCUCAAAUCGAGGCGUCUCCUCUAUGGUAUCAAAAUGCACUCAAGCUAUCUGGGUCAUCUACCGCUCUCCCACCCGUCACAUCUGCCAAACUGUCCUCCCUGAUGGAGCGCGGCGCAUCUCUUCAUGCGAAGGCGGUAGAGACAUACCAAUCUGGGUCAUCCUCAACAGUUACAUCCUCCAGCUCAGAUUAUGCAUUCUUGCAGAAAAUUUUGCACUCAGGCACGUUGUCAGACAGGCUCAGCGCUCUUACGCUCCUCGUGCAAAGUAGCCCAUUACACAACACCAAAGCGUUGGAAACUCUGAAGGGGAUGGCCGAACGAGGAAAAGGAAAAGGAGGUCGGGAAGAAAGUCUCAAGGCCUUGCGCUGUAUACUUGAUUGGUGGGUUGGAGGUGGCGCGCCCAACCGGAAGUUAAAGUAUUUCCGUGAUCAGCCUCUAUCACACCAAGGCGUCAAGGAUGAUCAUGUUCUCAUUUGGUACUUCGAGGAUUGGCUGAAGAAGUAUUUUUUCUCUAUCCUCCAAACCCUAGAGGUCCUUUCAAUGGACCCCUUGGCAUAUGUGCGCACCCAAGCACUCUCCUUAAUUUACAUGCUCCUUCGCGACAAACCUGAGCAGGAGCAUAACCUACUUAGGCUACUGGUAAACAAGCUGGGUGAUUCUGAAAAAUCCAUAUGUUCUCGCGCUUCCUAUCACCUCCUUCAACUUCUACAAGCUCACCCAUCUAUGAAAGGUGUUGUCGUACGCGAGAUGACCUCCCUCAUCCUUCGACCAAGCAUCGCGACACCUGCCACUGCGCCAAAUACCAAUACGCAUAUCCGCUUCACCGACGAGACGACCGUCUCGACUUCCAAGCCAAAACCGAAACCAAAACCAAAACCAAAAACGAAGCCUGACGGAGCCACAAAGAGAACGAGCAAUGACCAUGCGCGCUAUUACGCAACGAUAACACUCAACCAGAUUGUGUUUGUUCCGGGGGACAAAGAUGUUGCUGUACAAGUCAUCGAUGUGUAUUUCCAGAUGUUCAAGGAUUUAUUAGGGGAGAGUCGAUCGUCUGGCAAGAAGGAAAACACUGAAGAACAGGACGGAGAAAUCAUAGGGAAGAAAAAAAAGCGGAAGACAACGAAAGAGGUCGUUGGUGACGGUGGUUUUGUGGAGGUUGAAGAUGCGUUUUCAAAAUCGAUUUCUGCCAUAUUGACAGGUGUGAAUCGCGCGUUGCCUUAUGCAAAGUUAGGACCAUCAGAUGCCAGCUUGAACAAACAUAUAGACACCCUAUUCCUCAUCACACAUACCUCAACAUUCAACACCUCUUUGCAAGCCCUACUCCUUAUUCAGCAGAUAUCAUCUUCACUCUCCCACUUACCCGAGUCUUCAUCUUCUGCACUCUCGAAGAGCAUUGUGGAUCGAUAUUAUCGAACAUUGUACCAGUCUUUACACGAUGGUCGCCUUGCCUCAUCCUCAAAACAGACCAUGUACUUGAACCUACUCUUUAAAUCUCUCAAGGCCGAUGACAACUUAGAACGUGUGAAGAGCUUUGUCCGCCGGUUCGUACAAGUUCUUGCCAGUGGCAGUGCUGGCGGGACCGAGUUCAUUGUAGGAGGAUUAUACCUCCUAGGAGAAUUGUUCAGUACAGUUUCAGGCUUGCGAGACUUUUCCAGGGGAUCCCGUUCUACUUCUGAAGAACAAUAUGAUCCACGAAAACGAGACCCGCAGUUUGCGCACCCCUCAGCUUCUCCCUUGUUCGAAUUGAUCCCCCUCAUACACCACUAUCAUCCGGCUGUCUCUUUACACGCACAACAACUCCUUUCUGGCCAACCCAUCACGUCAAACCCAGAUCUCUCUUUAAAUACCCUUUCUCAUUUCCUCGAUCGUUUCGUCUACAAAAAUCCCAAAAAAAUCAAGACAAAAGGCUCUAGCGCCAUGCAGCCUGCAGCCAGCGCAAACGACAGGAUUGGGGUGAAGCUAUUGAAAGGCGAAUCAUCCGGAGGUGCUCUACCGAACGACGAGAAAUUUUUGAGUAGGCCGUUACAGGAUAUCCCUGUUGACGAGGUCUUCUUCCAUAAACACUUUUUGAGGAAACGUGAAAAGGACAAGAAGAAAACCGCCCAUACCGGCGAAGGGGAUAGUGAUGCCGAGGAAUCGGAUGAUGCUUCUGACGUGGAUGCUUCAGCGAGUGAGUUGGAGGAAGCGCAGGACAAAGACGUAGAUGAUGCUGAACGCGAUGACGACGAAGACAGUGACGCCGAAGAAGCAGAUAUAUGGAAGGCUAUGCAAGCCACCAUGCCUCAUGUGGCAGGAGAUGAAGACCUCAUGGCGGAUAGCGACAGCGUCGCUUCUGAUCUUGAUGAUUCCGAUGGGGAGGAUGAGGAGGUUGAAGAUGAAGAAGAUGAAGAUGGUGGUUCUGGCGAUGAUUUCUCCAUGGUUGAGGCCUCGGACAAUGAAGAUCUCCUCGGCUUGGAUGAAGUUCCUCAAGGUCUCAUCGAGUGUGACGGAAUCGCUGAUGAAGACGGCGGCGACGGCGAAGAACAAUGGAAUGGCUUCGGUAGUACAAAGAAGCGGAAACAGGAGAACGAGUCCAAACGUGAAAAACGGAAGAAGCUGAGAAGCUUGCCGACAUUUGCAAGUUACGAAGACUAUGCAAAGAUGAUCGAGGACGGUCCCGAGGACGAUAUAUAACGAUAUGUCUAACCCGAAUAGCCGCCGGCUCGGUGUCAAUUGUGUGCUGCUCAUUUGCAAUUUAUUUGCGUGCCUUCCCUCCUUUUGACCUCCAAGUCAUACAUGGAUACCAUCUACACCUUACAGCACGCCGUACAACACUAGUACUGAUGCAAGCUCACAUCCUGUUACCACUUGAAUUCUCAUUGCUCCUUUUUUGUUCUUUCGUUCCAGUGCUAUAUGGCGAC